AUGCACAAGCCCUACUGGCAGUAUGGCUCUACCGAUCUCAGUCGUUCAACUCGGUCGCUCGCCACCCAUGCCAACCUAAUGUUCGUUUCUUUAGUAGACAACGUUAUCAUGCAUUAUGUGACCGAUCCGCUACUGGGCUUCCUCUUAGCCACUACCCACGUGCCCACACCACCACCAUUGCCCUUGUUUCUAUCUCGGGCAGGUUCAAGUCCUCAAGAGCACGCGGACGAGGCGGCGGUUCAAAGCCCGAGCUACCACAGCGCCCGUCACAUUGUUCAUUGA